AUGCAGCGCCUUCUUCUCCGCAUGGCUCACGAACAUUGGAACCCCGCACACGGAGAUCCUCAUCGUCAGGCUUUGGCUACUGUCUAUGAUGUCUUGGAUCCCCGCGUCCAUGGGUGUUUCCAUGGCGGCAUGGUGGCCGAACGUUGGCGUCUAGGGUACGACGUCGUGUUUCCUGUCGAUGAACCGCUCAAACUCCCUAUCACAACGAAACCCCGUAACGGUACCGCAAUAAGGGGAGCUGGCUGGUGGGACGAAACCACGACAUGGGCUCUCGUCUGGUACUUCGAUGAAUUCAACAACCUCGUGCAUGGCAGAUACCGCUGCGACCCCUACACCGGCAAGUUCGAAAAGGAAUUGGACGACGUGCUAUCAGACGAACUACAGAGCAGUGUCAAGCUCAAUAAAAACUCCGGGAUCGGUGCUGCGCUGCUAGGUGCAACGGACGGAAUCCGUGUUUACCUCCACAGCGAAGAAGGCGAGAUUCACUCCCUGAUUUUCACGAAUGAUCGAGGCUGGAAAUACGAAAAGAUCAUCAGCCCGGAUCAGGAUAGGUCGAGUUACACCAUGGGGGUUCUUAGUCGCGUCGGAAGCUCGAAUGAAAUAACUCUGAUCACACCUAAGGCCUCUAAGAACAUGGAGGAAACAAAGCUAGAUCCCGAUGGCAUAUGGUACAUAGAUACGUUUCCCGCGCCUCUGGCGGCGUUGAACGUCACAAGCGCUUCCAACCGAAUCCGUUAUGCCAUCUCAGAAAGGGACCCUGGCCCUGCCACCGAGCUCGAAGCGUGGGACGGCAAUCCAGGUAAUAUUGGCAUCGCCAUGGGAGAGAGGUCGCGAUCUCUAUUCUACAUUGGCACCGACAGGGCCCUCCAUCAAAUGGAGAGCUUCCCAACUCCCCAGAAGAACGCGGAUCCAAAAUCCGACCCACUUGACGCUGGAGUCUGGAGAAAAGUUGCCGGUCAAAACGACACAAGAUGGCCUCUCACUGACGAGGAGAAUGCCAACUUUGCCUUUGCAACGUGGCUGAACGAAAAGGGAAGCCAUGUGCGGAUCUUCUACAUGGUGGAGGGCGAGCUAGCUCAAGCCACGUAUGAGAACAACACAUGGUACCAGGCGGAGAAGGUCGCGACUGAGAGGAAGGCCAAGAGCAGGCCACUUUCAGAUGGUGCCAAGGCAGGUAUCGCCGUCGGGGCUUUCUUCGGUGCCUUUGCCUUGGUUGCUGUUUCGGGAGUCUGCUUCUAUCUCAAGCGACGUCGCCGGGACCGGCAAGACUAUGUUGCAGCUCCUGCUUCUUCUGUUCCUACCUCACCACAUUACAUGAAUUCUCCUCAUAUGGGCGACGGAAGCCAAUGGUACCUGCCAUACUCACCACACCAAGCUCAUAUGUCCUAUAUGUCAAGUCAUUCCUUUGAUUAUGCCGCCAUGUCGGAGCCCAAAUUUGAACCUGUAGCGAUAAAUCAGGAGCCGAGGGAACUUCCAGAGAAUAGCCUUCACAACUCGAGACCCGGUACGUUCAGCCAUUCAACUACCGAGACGCACGAAAUGGCCGGCGACGGCUACACUCCUCUGUCCCCGCAACCAACCCAGCGUUUACCACUCGCUCCAACGGGCGGUGUUCUUGACAAACAAACUCACUAA